AGUUUCAGAACUCUUUCGCAUCCUUGCCCUCACUCCUCUUUCUCAGAAGAUCUUCAAGGCCAACAAUGCAUUUCCAAAUUGCCAGCAUCUUCCAGGGUAAGUACAAGAAUUUGACGAGGAAAGCUAGGUGGCAUAGAUAGCAAGGGCCCAGAAAUUGCCCCAGAUGGGCAAGGUGUGUGUGACCAGAUGUGAACUGAGGAUAAAAUCAGUUUGGAAAAUCCAUUUAAAAUGCAGCAGCAAAAGACCAGCAAAUGCAUUUCAAUUUAUUAAUGCAUAAUUAUGUGAACACAAUCCACAAAUAAUAUAAAAGGAUAAUCAAGAGGACCAUAUACAUAAAUUAAUAUUGGGGGAGGGUAAAUAAGAAGUAUAUACAGGUAAUAUAAAGUACAAUGGUUACAUGGGAUAAUAAAGUGUGAAAUAAACUGUAUUAAAAUAUCAGGUAAAAUGGCUGUUACAUGCCAGGAUUACAGUGUGCAAGAUUAAAAUUAACUCCAAUUAACCCUUGCUAAAUCACACACUGGCGCACCUAUAUAUAGCUUCCUAUAUUCCCCACCUCCUAACUACAUGGUCUUUUAGUUUUAGGGAGUCCUGAGUGGAAUUCCAGGAAACAGGCUCCUGUGGUCUUAGUUGAAUGUGAGCUCAGUCUGGUGUCAGGGUAUAGGAUCCAGAAACAUGCAAAUAAAAAUUUAGUUAAAGUAGAAGUAGAAGGAGGAGGAGGAGGAAAAGGUUCAAAAAUAAAAUAAUGAAGUCUAAACCUCACCCAGGAAAAAAAUAAGUAACCUAUAGAAGUAACCCAUAAAAAUAAAAUCUAGGCAAAGUUGUCCAUAGGCAGUAGCUCAGGAAAAACGCAGCUGUGUAGAGAAGUAACAAUCUUUCCAAAGAUUAAACAGUGCUGUCAACAUUGGGUAAGUGGAAAAUUCAGCACAGAAAACCUAAACCAGAGCAGAAUCAGGGGACGAAACCUGCUUGCGUGAAAUAGAGAUGGAGCCAAGACGGAGUUCUGUGAAGAAUAAUGUGACGUAUCUCUCAGCUCCCCCAAAAUCCCAAAAAUCUUUCCCUGUUUGCUGAUUGGUUCCUUUAAUUUGUCCUUUACUCACAACUAAAAAUUGGUUCUAUACUGAUAAAUGCCAUGAUGGGGCAGAAAUCAUACCACUUUUUUUUAAUGUGCAGGAACUUAACAAGUGAUGUGCUCCUGAGGCUUUAUCAGACUACACUGGGCCCAGACACAAUUUUCAAAAAACCAACUUUGUACCUUCUUCGCACUAUGGUCCAUUGUGCCACAGCUUGGCCAAUGCCUAGUCACCAUAGCAACCACAUGUCUUCCCCUUCAUUUCAGAAUUCAGAGGUCUGGGCUGAGAAAAAUAUCUGCCUUCCCUUGCAGUGGAAAGCAGACAGUAAUGUUGUUUAUGAGCCAAUCUGAAGCCAAAGACUUCUUCCCAUCCAUAACUCUGCAGGUCUUGUUUUCAGUAUCCCUGGAUCUCCCCCAGCUAAGAAGAGACCUACAAGUAGCAGCUAACUCUGGGACCAGUGCUUCCAGAGGGAAGUAUCUAGGAACAGUUCAGGUGGCUGAAUUUGAGAACCCCUAAUCUGUCUGUGGGAUGUGCUAACUUUUGUGCUUCCUGAAAUCUGCAUUGCUUGCUCCCUGCAGUGGUGCUCCCCAGGAAAAAAGAGGUAUGUGCUUUAAGGAUAAUGUUGUUUCCCAAUUGCUUUUUUGCAGAUCCAAGUUCUGUAAUGUGAUGCAAAGAUACAGGACAGAUUCACAUAGAGUGCACAUGACUCCCCCCACCCCACCCAAGAUUCCUGCAGUUUCCCCUCAAAGAGCUACGAUUCCCACAACCCUUAACAAACUACAGUUCCCAGGGGUCUUUGGGAAAAAUCCAUGUGCAUUAAAUGUGCUUUAAAUGCAUGGUGCAGUCUGAAUAAAACUCAGCAUGAAUUUUGAGUUUUAUGAAGUAUGGUGGUAUCUUGUUUGGGCACAGUCUGUAAGUCAGUUUAUGAUUUAGGGCGAUCCAAAGCUUAUUCUGUAGUGCAGUGGUGCUGACAUGCUGUUUACUUAUUCAGACCGCACCUGUGCCUUUGAAUCAAAUAGGGAACUCAAAUAGGGAACUCAAAUAGGGAACUCAAAAUUGCAAACUGGCAAAUGGGGACCAGUUUCCGCUUUAUGCCUGAUCUUUCUGGUUGGAGCACUAAAGCAGGUAGCAGGGACAUGUAAAAACACCGCAUAAGCCAUUCAUGUCACUAAAGUCAUAACUGUCCUGCUUGGUAGAGCAGAAGAGUGCGCUGUUUUAGAUUUGCAACCUCUGCUUGAAUAAUUUUACUUAAUCUUUUCACUGAAACCUCAAGUUUCUGAAACUUUUAGUGUACUGGAAAAGGAGCUGGAACUCCUGUAUGUUUUGUGGUUCCUGGUGUAGGGAGCCUGGGGGAACAGCAUGAGAGGGAAGUGUUGAGUCUAUGGAGGGGGGAAAUACUUCUUUCAUCUUCUUCCGUUCACUACCAUAUUUUAGGGGUGGACUCAACAUAUUUCUCCGAAGUGAAAUCUUUCUCCUGAACAGUGCUGAACUAUAUAGGUAAAUAGAAAUAGAAAGUACAUACAGUUAUUUUUAAGCUGUGUUGUGCUGCCAGCCACUAUUCUGGUCCUCUUGCCAGUGUGGAUCUAUAACAACAACAACAACAACUUCUUCUUCUUCUUCUUCUUCUUCUUCUUCUUCUUCUUCUUCUUCAUACCCCACCCAUCUGGCUGGGUUUUCCCAGCCACUCUGGGCAGCUCCCAACAGAAUUAAAAGCACAAUAAAACAUCAAACAUUAAAAACCUCCCUAAACAGGGCUGCCCACAGUUUCUUAUUACACACCUGCCAUGUGCGAAGCUCUUCAAAUGAAAACCUCCUCCAAUUGGAUUUCAAACAACUGCCCGUGAGUAGAACGGAAAAUUGGGCUAUGAAAUUUCUUAAUUAGGCACCGAAAGCGGGAAGGUCUAAACAGGAAGUCCGCCUUCCGCUUUUGUAGAUAGAUUGAAGCAAAGACACGGCAAGCUAGAGUUCAGAAAGUCGUUUGUAAAGGACUAAAUUUUCAUCAUUUAAAAUUACUGAACCCCCCUUGGAAGCAGGAGAAGAGGGGGGGAACCUUUUUUAGACUGUUUAAACCUGCAGAAGAGAGAGUAAAGAAAGGUAAUUUUCCACCGUCUUGAACCUGGGAGCGGGGUGUCAAGACAGACGUUUUGGAGAAGCUCAUUGACUAUGGACAAACGUUUUUGACAGAUAGUUAAAAGAACAGAAACAUAUUGAUUCCAUUGUCCCCUUUCGCUUUUAAAAGGAACAAAAUAUCGACAAAAUAUCCAAAAAAGGAAAACUUUGUUGCUAAAUCUGCUUUUUAAAAAAAGGAAAAAAAGAUGGAUACAAAUAGAAAUUGUUUCCCCUAGAGGGAGCUUGUGAAAUUGUUAUUAAAGUCAAACUAGGGAGUUUUGCAGCUGUAAAAGAUUAAAGAUCGUGGGACCAGACUUCGACCUUGAACAAGAAUGUGCUCAGAGGCUCUGGUGCUUGCUUUUUGCAAGACAAGUGCUUUAUUGGAACAGUUACAUGAGAAAAUGGAUUUGAUGACAGUUGCGAUAGGAAAUUUUGGACAGGCAGUGGGUACCUAUAUAGAACCCACUCAGGAAUUAAUCCAGGAAUGUGCUUUGACAGAUGAGAUGAGGGAGGAGGCUGUUGCUGGACCUCGGGUGGCAGAGAUGGAGGGAGCUGUGGCCCAGCAGGAACAUGAGUCGUUGGAUUUGAUGAAUGAACCUGGAAAAAGUCAGAUUUGGAGAGAUGGAGUUCUGCUUGGUUUGGAGAUGGGGGGCUGGAUGGACCCCCCUAUGCAGGGAUGUUUUGACUUUUCAAGUCUGGCUUUAGGCCGGGGGGAGCUCGGAGUUGUGGGGCCCCCCUAAUUUUGGAGGGGCCUUGAAACAUGCCUUUAAAUACCACAUGGAUUUCAGUGUUGACUAUGGAAAAGGGGCUGACUUGUCGAGAAGGGACAAAAAUAUUGUCAAGUUGGAGUCUCCCAGAGUGAAAGGAGCAGAAGACAAAGUAAAGUACAGGUAUAAACAUGAAGAAGACCUGCGGAAGGGACAUGGAAAAGACUUAAGAGCCUCGGAUAUAAGGUCACCAGGUUGAUGGACUAGAUGGAUGGGAUAGAAAGGACUGACAAAACCCGAGACCAGGAGAAGAGACGAUGGAUGAAGAUUGGAAGAAAGUUUUAAAAAUUUAUUUAGAAAAGUAUCGUAAAAUUAAUGAGUAUUAGAAAAAUGUUGGAAUGAAAUUAUUUGGCUUUAGCAGAAAUGUUAAAAAGAAUUAUGUAAGAAUAUGUUAUGGUUAAAAGAAUUUGGUAUAAAUAAGAUUUAAGUUUUAAGUUUUAGGGUUUUUAUGGUAAGAUAAGGUUAAAAUAGAUUAAGGUAAUUUAAUGACAGAAUAUUGUGAAAGAUGGAAAGGAUUUGCUGAGAUAAUUAACAACUAGAACACAAAAAAGGGAGGUGUGAGGAGGUCGAUGAAAUAAGUUAAUGAAAGUUAAGGAUUUGGGAAUACUGGAUUUGUUUUUAAAUUUGUUGUUUAUUUUUGUUUUUUGAUUGUGUUGCAUUGUGUGUUUUGUUUUUUCUUUUUGAUUUUGGUUUUUAUUGAUUUGUAUUGUUUAAUUGUUACUUUUAUCUACUUUUUUCUUUCUUUUUCUCUUUCUCUUGUUUUUUCCUUCUUUUUUCUUUGUAACCUUAAAAUUCUCAAUAAAUAUCAUUUAAAAAAAAAAUCAAAUGAAAACCUCCUCCUUCUGCACUCUGAUGCAGCAGUACUAUGAAUGAGUAGGGUAAAUGAAAGAGGGCGCAUUGCUGGGUUGUACAUGCUGUUUGCUGCAAAUGCAAGUCCUGAGAAUGCAUCCAUAUGUGUGGAUGUGCCUGCAUUAAUUACGGUAAUUAGAAACCUGAGAAUUUUGCCCAAAUUGUAAAGCAUGUCUUUGAAAAUGUUUUAAGCUGGGGAAUAAAAUUUUCCUUGGUAACAAUGGGCAUUCUUGGCAUCUACACACACUUUCCUUGUUCUGCCUGCCUUCCAGUCUGGGUUUCUCCCCUUGGGCUGAGCUGGACCUUCCCAUGUACUUUAGAUUCUGGUCAAACACUAUGAUCCUACAAAGCAGGUAAUGUUGUAUCUCUCUCCUUCAGGUUGGCUGCACAGGACUACAUCUGGACUGCUAAUUCUCUGUCUGCUAUGCUCUGGCUUCAACGACUCACUCAGUAAGUGUCUCUGUGUCCUCAGGCUCUCUGAUCCUUCUCUGUUCAAGCAACAGCAGCUUUCAUGGCCGUUGGGAAUGGGACAAAGCUACAGACGGGUUCCUGACUCUUGGCUGUAUGACUGCAUGUCUUGGCUUGUGUUGCUUUCAAAGAAAAAGCCAGGCAGUUCUGUUCCAUCCAGACUUUCUCACAGUGGCAGGACUCUAUUAACUAUGGAUCAUACCUGCAUAGGAACCUGUUUCAGAGUUGUGGAGCCUGUGGUCCUCUUGAAGUUGCUGGACCACAACUCUGAUCAUGAUUGACUUUUGGCCAUGCUGGCUAGGGCUGAUGGGAGUUAUAGUUCAACAAAUAUCUUUGGGGCCAGAAGUUAUCCAUCCUGACUUAGGUCCCCCUCCACUUUUUCUAUUGCUUGUGGGAGAGGGGGCAUGAAAGCUGACAUUUGUUUGAAUUCCAUUAACUAGGAAACUCCUUCCCAAUAAUUAAAUACUGUACAGCAUUAAUACAUUAAUGCAAUAAUGUAUGGAAGUUUUCUGUCCAAUGAUCUCUAGCACACUCAGCACGAAACCACUGCUUGCUUAUGUAUUUUUAUACAUGUGCUAUCCAUGUAUUUUAUAUAAAGAGAGAGGGGGAAGGCAAGGAAAGCCAAAACAGAGUUACCUUGAAUUGCACAAAUAUUGUACUAUUUCUCUCUAUACGUAAAAGGUGUGUGUGUGUAGAUCAAAGUAUUCAGGAGGCCCCAUGUGACUUGAGCCUGGCCCUACCAAGCAGAUCCAUAUCUGGAAAUAGUUUUUAUCUACCAGAUUGUUUCCAUACAUCUAAUGGACCUGGGUUAUUCCCAGAAUAACUGACGAAGCUAACCUUUCCCUCCUCCUGCUCACACAAUUUUACCAAUACUUUUACUGAGAUAGUCUUGAGUUGUUAGAACUGAUGAAUGUUAAUUCCAGCCUCCAGUUUUUCUUUGUGAAUUCAGAUAAUAAAUACAGUAUCUGCAUGCAUAUCCAGGACAGUGCCUGACAUACAGGAGCAGCUAGCAUUUGACAGUAUACAACAGCUGACUUGCAGUACCAUUCGGUAAAUUUUUGACUAACCCUAUUCAUUCUUAAGCAGUUGUUAAAUGUCCUCUAGAACGACAUGGAGAAACAUACACUGAAUUGCGAUGUAAAGUUUGAUUUUGACAUUUAAAUGUGAGGAAGUUCUGUCAUCCAAAUCUGAUCCAAGAAAUUAGAGCAAUGUAUUAGAUUCCGAAUUUUGUUUCCUUUUUUAAAAAAAAAUAACUGCAGUAAUUCACAGUAGCAGCUCUAGAAUUCCAUCCGUGCUCAUAAAUAGAAUCAGGUCCCACAAUUUCAGAACAGGUAGAGGAGGCCAGGGUAGAGAGGUAUCCAUUCAGUUCAAUUCAAGGAUGCUAUGACUAGCUCUCUGGCACCUCAAGCUUCUUCUUGUAGCUUGUAGUCUGCUUCUGUUAGCCUUUCACUUUUGUGUCAUCUACUUACUACAGAUCUAUAUGAUGGAGCAGUCCGGCUGGCUCAGGGAAACUCUCUCACUGAGGGCCGUGUGGAGAUCUACUAUAAUGGCGAGUGGGGGACAGUAUGUGACGAUGACUGGGAUAUUAUGGAUGCACACGUGGUCUGCCGUUCCCUGGGCUUCAUGAAUGCAUUAGAAGCAAAGCAAGGGGCAGCAUAUGGGGAAGGUACAAUACAGAUUUUCAUCCCUUAUGAUAUAGAAGAAUAGUGUAUGUACACUACUGUUUCCUUUACCCUGCCCCAUUGCUUCCUAGACCCAAAUCCUAAUUUACCUGGGUGUGUUUAGCCUGGAGAAGAGAAGAUUAAAGAUGGUAUUCAACUAAGUUUUACUCAGAGCUGACCCAUUGAAAUUAAUGAAUAUGACUAAGCAGGGUCCAUUCAUUUCAAUGAGUCUGCUUUGAUUAAAUACCACCCUAUAGGAAGACAUGGUUGUUGUUGUUUAGUCAUUUAGUCGUGUCCGACUCUUCAUGACCCCAUGGACCAGAGCACGCCAGGCACUCCUGUCUUCAGAAGACAUGGUAGUGGCCUUCAAAAAUCAGAAGGGCUGUCACACAGAAGACGUAACAUAUUUUUGUUGUUGUGGCUUCAAAAGCUGGGACUAGAACCAAUUGGUGGAAAUUACAGAGAAGUGAAUAUUCUCUAACAUUAGGAGAAACCUCCUAACCGUAAGAGCCGUUGGACAGUAGAACAGGCUGUCUCAUAGGAGGCAAUGGGCUGUCCUUCAAUGGAGACAUGGAAACAGGCUAAGGCCCUGUCUGUAUGGGACCUUUCCCAUUCUUUUCUCCUCCUCAAUUUAGCCCCCCUCUUCCUCCCUAUGGAACUCCCUUCCCUCCAAGAUACAAUCUGUGGGGUCUCAUGAGUUUUUGCUGCCAAUUAAUACAUACUUUUUCACCUAGGCUGUUUUUUUCUUUAACUGAAUGCUACUCUUUGCAUCUUGAAUUUUGUACAGUGAUACCUUGGUUCCCAAACGGCUUAGUUGUCAAACAAAUCGGCUCCCGAACGCCGCAAACCCAGAAGGAAGUGUUCUGGUUUGUGAACGUUUCUCAGAAGCCAAACAUCCGCAGCUUCCGUGGCUUCUGCUUGAGUGCAGGAAGCUCCUGCAGCCAACUGGAAGAUGCGCCUUGGUUUUCGAAUAGUUUCGGGAGUCAAAACCACUGUACUUUGUUUUAGAGCACUUCCAGACAGCACAUUUAUUGAGCACUCAUAAUGAUUUGUUUGCAAAAAGUUUAUGGUGAGGUUAUACAAUGCCAGAAGUUUAUCUAAUUUUUUGUGAUUUCUUUGCGGGAAGGUUAUACAACGGUGCUCUAAGUGAUUGUUAUUUCAUGCUUUCCAGUGCUUUUUCCAAUCACUUGCCUUACCACAAAAAGUCCAUGGGGGAUUUAUUGUGCAAGAGCGCCUGUUAUUUGGGCAGUCUGAAUUUGCCAAUAUGCAAUUGAAUCCCAUUCACAAAAAUGCAGCAGUCUGGAAGCAUCCUUGGACUGUUUUGUUGUGAAUUUUAAUUGUGUAGUAUUUUAACCACCUUUGAAAUGUUUAAAUUCUCAUUGUAAUGUGCUUUGUUAGGCACGUUGCUUGAAAAGGGGUAUAUAAAUGCACCAGCCAGAUAGAUAGAUAGAUAGAUAGAUAGAUAGAUAGAUAGAUAGAUAGAUAGAUCUCUAACUCUUAUUUUGUGAGAACAAUUGUUUAUUUUUAGUUUUUAAACGUUUAAAAGUGCAAUGCUUCUGCAUCCAAGUCAGUGCAGCAUGACGAGCAUGCAACUGAGCUCUGGCUCUGAGGAAUGAUUGAGCACAAUUGAUCUUUGCUGUAAAUUGGAGGCAUGUUUUGUACGUUGGAAAUUAAUACAAGCCUCAGCUCCACUUCUGAUAUAGCAGUGGGCUAUAUCAAGUCAAUUGUCUUUCUCUUUCUCUGCAAUCUACAGCAUGGGGCUAUUAUUUAUUGCUAUAGGUUAAAACAAAAAGUUCUACCUUCUUCUCUACUCCCUAUCUCUGGUGUGACAGACUGCUGUGUUUGCUUUCUUCACAGGACUCGGUCCCAUUCUUCUAGAUGAUGUCGAUUGUAAUGGGACAGAGAAGUCUCUUGUACAAUGUAGAUCUCAAGGCUGGUUGUCGCACAACUGCGGACAUGGGGAGGAUGCAGGAGUGGUGUGUGACAAGAGUGAGUCCUCAGUGUGAUGUGGUUAGCUGUGUCAUCAAAAUCUCCUAGGGUCACAGGUGUCAACGGUGGCAGCAGGGAGCAUAAAAUUUACCCAAUUUCAGAUAGGGGGUGCCCAGGUAGAACUACUACUACCUUGCUGUACCAGUUCAAACCUAGCCCUGCUGGUUUUGCUAUGUCAGUCUGUUGUUCAUAACUGCAGUUUUCAGAUGCUUUUGGGUGACAGCCAAAAGUGCCUGUUUGGCAAUGGAACAGAUCCCCCCCUCCAUGCAACAUGAAUUCCCUUUCCUCUCCUCACCCCUGCAGCCCCCCCAAUACCCUCAGAUCCACUCUAGAAGGUUGGGGGACCCAACAGAGGUGAUGAUGAAAGGGGAAGAGAAGUUCCAUUGUGCUUGCCAAAUGCUGGCUAUCACUGUUUGGCCAUACACCUAAACUAAUUCCAUACAUUUUUAUUUAUGCAAGUAAAGUAAUUUCCCUGCUGCUAUUGUUCCAUAACCCUCUCUCUCAUUUUGGAGUGGGGCUAUUGGUUAUUGCAUAUUAUACUGCAAAUUCAUGGUCAGCGAGGUUUUCUGUUUUCCCCAUGACUCAUUUUUGUUUCCAUCAUUCCAGAAACUGAGUUUUUCCUGGAUCAUUCUGGAGGUUUUCCUGAGGACCUUGGUAAACUGUAUGACAGCCAGCAGGACUGUGACCUCAACAUCACUGUGCUGAUAGCAGAUAACAACACUGAAGUCCUGAGUCUGUGUGCACAUAGACUGAUUCUUCGUACAAACAGUGAGGCCAGUCUUCUUCUCCAAGGAAGCACACUGAAGGUAGAUGAAGAGUGCCUGCCCAAUGUGAACAGCUUUCUCAGGUAAGAAUAGCAAGGGUUUGACAUAGCAAGUCUGAUUCUCCUGACUUUCUAUGCAUUCUGUGCAUCAACAUGAGGCUGUAAUGGGCAGUAUUUGAGCCAUACAGGAGAGCACACUGUUCUAUUAGCUCCUUCACUAUGUUGAUCUAAAACAGAGCACUCACUCAGACAACAGAAGCACCUCAAAAGGCUUCUGCAAAAUGUUUUCAGUAUGAAGGGCACAGAAAAACAUCUGUGUAAGGGCCAGCAUCUCUGCUUUGUGUGUCAGGCGGGGGCGGGGAUUGUUUUCAGGUAUUUGCAGGUAAUGUGGGGCUUACCCCCAAGAUUGAAUCUAGCUCAGCUAAGUUACAGGCUUAACUGUAAUAAAUGAUCUAGUGGAUCACACUGGUCUUGCUUGUUGCCUUCCCCUUUCUCCUUAUGGUCGGAAGGUAAUGAAAACUAAGCAUGUCAAUAAGUCCUCACUUUUUUCUAUUGCUUGGAUUUGGAUUUGGGGCACCACAAACAUUCUUUUCAAAGUCCUGAGUCUUUCUCUUUCAAAACCCAUCAUGAUAAAAAUAAGCAGCUGCUGUAUAGCCAUGAUCUCACUUCUUAAGUUUCCUUCUGUUCAUGCAGGUACUUCUACUCGCGGCAGAUCAGAGUGACACUGCAUUCAGUAAAGUGCUUCCACAAGCUGGCUUUGGCCUACGGAGUUCCAAGCCUGCAAGCGUACUGCAUCCAGGUCUUCCCCAACUUAUUUCCAUUGGACCCCACUUUUCAUGUUCACCUGGAGCUGUACAACUACAGCCUGGCCAGUGGAGAUGCCCAGCUGCAGGAUCUCACCAUGCAGCACCUAGCCUGGAACUGUGAGGCCUUGACUCGCACUGAGGCCUGGUUGGCCCUGACGCCAGAGAUGAUGGAGGCCCUGCUGUCCCGUACAGAUGUUGUGAUUCAGAAUGAAUGGUCCCUGCUGAAAGCUCUGGACCAAUGGGCUCAUACCAAUGAAAUAAAGGAAGGCCACGUGGAAAAGAUCCGCUUUCCUAUGCUUUUGUCAGAGCAGCUGCUGGAGCUCCAGUUCAACCUGACCUUUUAUGAGACUUAUAAGAAUAUUUUCAGAGGAAGAUUAUGGAGGCUCUUGAAUUCCACACAGUGUUCUCAGAUUCCUAGAGCAGUACAAGCUCCAUGACCUCACAAGUGAUUCACACAUCCCUCGUUUUUACACUGAGCCCACUUGGAGCAUGCACCUAAGCUAUGGCUUCUUGUUGCAGCAGUAUUUUCUUGGAUCCCAAGUCACCCAGCAACUUGAAACAAACAAGCACCCUAGCUUUCUUUUCAAGAUGCAGAAGAUAACCUGGGCCUUCAACUACCACAGCCCUCAACAAAGCCACCAAAAUGGUAUAUGCUCUUCCUCAGACAUUACCCCUGUUAGCUAUCUUGCACUGGAAGGUUCUUCUGAUGACACCAUCCAUUACAAUAACAAAGCACUCUUGCUCUGCCAAAGUUCCUAUAUCACAGGUAUUGUCAGUUUUCAAAAUGGUACGGCCGUGGUUCCCAAUGCCACCUUCUUCCCAUGCCCAACUCGCUAUUCAGGUUUUAUUGUUGUGGUGCGUCCUAGUUACAAGCUGGACACAUAAAAGGCUAGGAUUCUCUGUUGUAGGCAGAAUAUAUAACAAGUCAAAAUCUGCCCUUGAGGCACAUCUCAUAGUACCUCAGCUUCUAUUGUUGUCCUAGCUGCUUCUCUAACUGUAGAUUCAGCAUUGUGUCUUGAUAGUCCAAGCCAGCAUCUAUAUCAUGGUGAGCUAAUUCGAAGUGGAUAGGUAAUUUUAUUCACCCUCAAGUUUGACAGAUGCAUCUACAAUUAAUCCUAAUUAACUGAAGUCCCCAUGCUGUUGAAUGUGCAUUCCCUGCCCCUUUAUAUCCCCCUAGCUUGAGAUUCUCUCUUAAUAAAAUUUGAAAAACAAGUUGCCAA